UAUUUUAUGGUUAGGAUUCUUGAAUUCGAAAUUUCGAAGGAUCCCAGAUUCUUGACCGCUUGACCCUUUGAACAGGGUUCAAGAAAUUCCUUCUGUUUUGUCAGUUCUGUUUCUUUUAAAAAUGGAAAACAAAAUUGAUUUUUCAGAAUUACUAAAAAAAAGAGAAGUGAAGUUACUAUGCUAUAUAUCCAAAAUAUUAUUUCCAGGUCUACCUUCCUGUUUAUAUCCGUUGUAUAUGUUUAUUCAGUUUUGCAAAAUAUGUCAACAAAAAAGGGAAUAUAUUUUGCGAACUAUAAAUCCCAACUUGUUGAGUGAACUUAUUGAGAAAUCCAAAAAUAUUCUAAUUGAUGAGAAUUAUACAGUUAUUAUCAAUAAUAAAUUUCUUAGAGGAAGAGACACCAUUGUACUAAAAGUGAAGUACGCUGAUGAAUUCAUUCUAGUAAAUGUAAAACCUCUCGUAUCAGACAUUGUUGAUGAUGGAAAUAUCUUGGUUUCAACAACUUUGAUGUUCAACAUCUCAAAUAGUUUUGGUUUAAUUCAUAGAGACUAUUCUUUAAGUGCUAGUUUUAUAGAGAUACCUCCUGGAAAACUUGGUUUUGCUGAUGAAAUUCAUUUAGCUCUAAUAAGCAACCCAUACGAUUUACAAAAUAAUGUUGUGGAUAUAUUGAUAAAGAAUUAUUUGCAAACUCCUAAAUUAAUGCAUGAAAAUGAUCUGAUUGAAAUAGCCUUAAAAAAAUAUGCUGUAGAUGUACCCUGCAAUAUGACCAAAAUUUUCAAUACUCAGCAAAAAGUAUAUUUUAAAUGCUUAAAAGUUCUUUGUAAGCAUGAAAGUAAAUUCAAUAUAGGUGGGAAUUAUGCUGUUUUUGAAGAGACAACAGUUCGACAAGUUGCUAAUAUACAAAGUUUUUUGCCAUCAUGUAAAGAAUACAGGAAUUCAUUAACAAAUAAUCAAUACAAUAAAAAUAAUUUAAGAUUUUGUCCAAGUGGAUUAGAAAAUUAUGCAGCAGAAAUAGAAGCAGCAGUCAGACCUUUUUUGAUGAAAAAAUUAAAAGUGAACCCAGCAUUUCUUAUUGUUGGAAAAAAAGGAUCUGGAAAGGAAAUAAUUAUAUCUAGUAUUGCUUCAAAAUUUGGUAUGCAUUUCUAUAAAGUGACAAAUUUUGAUAUAACAGCACAUGUAUAUGCUCAAAAUGAAAUGAAACUGAGGAAUAUAUUUUUCAAUGCUAACCUUUAUGCGCCAUGUAUAUUGUAUAUAACAAAUUUUGAGAAUUUUGAGAAGAACAAUGAUGGCCAAACAGAUGAAAGAAUUAUAUCUAAUUUCACCAAUGGAUUGAAGAAUUUAUUUGAAAGCAAUAAAUUUCCUGUGAUAUUAUUCUGCUCAAGUAACAAUGACAAAAUAUCUCCAAGACUUAAAAGGGAGUUCCUUGAAAUAUUUAGAAUAAAUCCACCAUCACCAGAGGAGAGAACAGAUAUUCUGAAAUGGCUGCUGCAAUAUCAUGACCUCCAUUACAAAAAUAGCUUAGAAGAAUUGGUGCAAAAAACCAAUACUUUUAUGUUUGAGGAUUUGAAUUUACUUAUUCGUCUAGCAAAAAGUUAUAAUAUAUUUAGCAAAGAAAAAAAUGACAUCAGUAGAGAAAAGUUAUUACUUGCCAUAGAUUAUAUGCAGCUUCAUUAUAAUGAGAAUAUUGGUGCACCAAAGGUUCCGACAGUUCAGUGGGAUGAUAUUGGUGGGUUGAAAGACGUUAAAGACGAAAUAAUCAAAACUAUAAAUUUUCCUCUAAAACAUCCAGAAUUCUCUACUUCAACUGGCCUCAGAAGACUUGGAAUACUAUUGUUUGGACCACCAGGAACUGGUAAAACUUUAUUGGCUAAAGCUGUAGCGACAGAAUGCAAUUUAUGCUUCCUAUCUGUAAAAGGACCUGAAUUGUUGAAUAUGUAUAUAGGACAAUCUGAAGAAAAUAUAAGAGAAGUAUUCCAACGAGCUAGAGCUGCAUCUCCAUGUAUAAUAUUUUUCGAUGAGCUUGACUCUCUUGCUCCCAACAGAGGAGUAUCCGGUGAUUCUGGAGGGGUUAUGGACAGGGUUGUUUCCCAACUACUGGCUGAAAUGGAUGGUAUCAAUGAAAAGGCGACAGUGUUUAUUAUUGGUGCAACAAAUAGACCAGAUUUGAUUGAUCCAGCACUUUUGAGGCCUGGAAGGUUUGAUAAACUACUUUAUGUUGGUCCAGCUACGGAUUCCAUUUCAAGAUUAUCAGUCUUGAAAGCUUUGACUAGAAAAUUCAAUCUCAGUGAAGAAGUAAACUUAGAAGAUAUUGUAGAGUUAUGCCCAAAUAAUAUAUCCGGUGCCGAUUUUUAUGGAUUAUGCGCAGAAAGUUGGAUGCAUGCUGUGAGAAGGACCAUUCAUCAAGGUUCCCUGGACAUAAAAAAUAUAACGGGAAAAGAAAUUAUAGUCAACAUGGAUGAUUUCAAAUAUGCCUUGAGUACUGUAACGCCCUCAGUUACAUCUGAAGAUUUAUUAUAUUUUGAAAAAUUGAAGAAUGAAAUAAGUUCGAAUAUAUGAAAUUACAUAAAAAAUAGUUUAUUUUAUAUUUUAUUUUAGGCACCAGGUAAAAAAGUAAUUUGAAG